CGUACUGGAGACGACAUGUUGGUAGUGGGAAACCAGACUUGUUAUUACUAGGGGCCGUGUGACAGGAGCAGAGGUUGGAGGGCGGAGCUAGGUGGAGGUCACACACGCCCCCUUUCCCCGCAUGAUGUAACGUGUGUCUGUAUGUGUCAGGCUGGGGAGCCGGGGUACGUACGUUGCACAUGGCUGCUCCCUCUGACCCAGCGCAGCGGCCAGCCCUUCCGGCCAGUCCCCUGAAUGCUGUGGGGCAGGUGUUCAGGCAUGUUCGUUAUGAAAACCUGGUGGCCGGCCUGAGCGGGGGAGUCAUUUCCACUCUUGUGCUGCACCCCCUGGACUUGGUUAAGAUCCGCUUCGCAGUUAGCGAUGGCCUGGAGUUACGACCCAAAUACAGGGGCAUCUUGCACUGUUUGUCCACAGUGUGGCAGCGAGAGGGGCUGCGGGGUCUGUACCAAGGUGUUACCCCUAACAUGUGGGGAGCUGGAGCCUCUUGGGGCUUGUACUUCUUCUUCUAUAAUGCUGUUAAAGCCUACAAGAAAGAAGGGCGAGCAGAGGACCUGAGUGCCAUAGAGCACCUUUUAUCUGCUGCUGGUGCAGGAGCCUUAACACUAUGCUUUACAAACCCAAUAUGGGUUACUAAGACCCGGCUGGUUCUGCAAUAUGAUGCUGGGAUUGACUCCACAAAGCGGCAGUACAGAGGAAUGUUCCAUGCACUUGGGAAGAUUUACAGACACGAGGGAAUACCUGGGCUUUACAAGGGGUUUAUCCCAGGCCUGCUGGGAACCUCCCACGGGGCUCUUCAAUUUAUGGCCUAUGAGGAACUAAAGAUGGAUUACAACAAGCAUCUAAACCGUCCAAGUGACACAAAACUGAGCACACUGGAAUAUAUCACAAUGGCAGCGCUCUCUAAAAUAUUUGCAGUCAGUGCUACAUACCCUUACCAGGUGGUGCGUGCCAGGUUACAGGAUCAGCACAACAGAUAUACGGGUGUCAUAGAUGUGAUCCGCAGGACAUGGAGAUGAGGGGUGGGCAAGUUCUAAUUGGUUCAUGCCAGAAGCACAGUGGGAGGGGGAUAGCAAAUCACAGCCCUGCAGUCACACAAGCUCAGGUAAGCGUAGCUGCUCGUUCCUGUCCUACAGUGCCCAAAACACAUGACACACUGGCACAUUCUUGGUUUUUUACACAAUAUGUCCCCUUUAAGAGGAACAUCUAAAUGAGUAUAAUGUAUAUCUUUAAAGGAAAACUCUAACCCCGAACAAUGUAGGUCUCUAUAAAAAUAAAUGUAAACCCCUGCUUCAUCUAAAUAAACCAUUUUUCAUAAAAAUAUUCUUUUUAUACUUUUUUUUUGUUAGCAUUACCUAACAAUAAUUUGGCAAAAUUCUUUAAUAGGUCACUUAAGAUAAUAUAAUCUAUCUGUUGGUUAAGUAUUCAUUCUCGGGGUAUAGUAUUUAAGAAUGUGGGGGGUGG